CGCAUGACUUCAAACGAUCUUGUCGUUAUUGUCAUAGGUGCGAUGGCUAUGCGGACUGUCUUUGAGUAUCAAUCAUAAUACCUCACCGGUAGAGAUCACGUAUACAGCGAACCGGGAAAAAAUGGAAAACCCAAGGCUCAAGGCGGCUUUGGCUGACCCCGCAGUCGAUCCUGAUAUUCCUUUCCGAGCCACUCCAAAUCACAGACACCACACUUGGGCUCUGACAUUCCACUCUCGGCCCGAACUUUACAUCCGUCCGCAAUCCAUACCAGAGAUCCAAAAGGUCGUUCACCUUGCGCACAAAUGCAGAAAGCGAAUUGUGGUUGUCGGUUCGGGACACAGCCCCUCGGACUUGACAUGCACGAGUGCGUGGAUGGUCAACUUGGAUGACUUCAGUGAUGUCCUCAAGGUUGACCCGGAGAAGCGAACCAUCACCGUUCAGGCAGGUAGACGAAUGACGGAUCUGAACACUGCCGCAAAGGAUCAUGGAUUGACGAUGCCCAACCUUGGGAGCAUUGACAUUCAGAGCAUCGCAGGCGCGAUAUCCACAGGCACGCAUGGCUCCAGUCUAUAUCACGGAAUAUUGUCGCAAUGGGUACAGAGUCUAAGACUGGUACUUGCGAACGGUGCCGUAGUACGUUGUUCGAAGUCGCAAAACCCAGACCUUUUCUCAGCAGCCUUGUGCUCGCUGGGCGCAUUAGGCAUCAUUGUAGAGGUGGAAUAUCAGCUUGUACCGGCAACGAACAUUGAAUGGACGCAAACUCUCAAGCCUCUCGACUACAUUCUAGAUACUUGGGAUACCACCCUUUGGACAACAGCGGAAUUCACGCGCGUCUGGUGGCUUCCAUACCUGCGUCGUGCCAUAGUGUGGCGAGCUCAAAAGUCUCGCAAAGAAAUCAGACCGCCGCGGAGCAGCUGGUACGGCGGCAUGCUUGGUUUUCACACGUAUCGGACACUUCUUUGGCUGUCCGGUUUUUUCCCGAGACUCCUGCCUGCAAUCGAGUGGUUUGUCUUUGGCAUGCAGUAUGGCUUCAGCGAGGACGCAACGACAGAUGCGGUAGAAGAGCAGAGGACGGGCUUGUUAAUGGACUGCCUUUACUCACAGUUUGUCAAUGAAUGGGCUAUCCCGCUCAGGAGCGGUCCAGAAGCUAUUCGCCGAUUAGGCGCUUGGAUCAAUCACAGGGACGAAGAGUCCGGCAUUCCGUUUUCAAGCAAAGGCGUGUGGGUUCACUCGCCGAUUGAAGUCCGUGUAGCAGACACAAGCACACACAGUGGCCAAGCUAGGCCAUUCCUAGAUCCGUCCUGCAGGGACGAGCCAACUCUAUAUCUUAACGCCACAUUGUACAGGCCAUUUGGCCAGGAUCCUCCGUGCAGGGAACGAUACUACGAGGCCUUUGAAUGGUUGAUGAAAGAACUCGGGGGCAGGCCCCACUGGGCGAAGAACUUCCAGACCGUUUCCCGUGCGGACAUUGAGCAGAUGUACGGCGAGGAUCUACAAUCUUGGCGCAGAGUACGUCGCGAGGUAGAUCCUGAUGCGGUCUUCGUUGGCGACUGGCUUCGACGCAACGUCCUCGAAGCCGGUGACUUUGGUGCCUGCGAAGAGAUGCAACUUUGGCGCCGAAACAGGCACACUGGUGGCGUAGAUUGGAUUGGAAGGCAAGUCGCAGACAGCGUUCUUGCACUGAACUUGGAGAAGAGAUCACCAAGUGCGGGAAGCAGCGAGGAAAGCUUCGCACAUAUGGCAGGCGCUGAAGCAGAAGCGAGUAUACUCUUGGAUGAGUAUGAGGAUGACGACGUGAGCCCUACCAAUGAUGGGGCUGCCGAAAAAGGCGAGGCUGAUAUCAUUGCAGAAUAUAUGAGUAGAAUGAGAGAUACGCGUUAGUCGCUGUAACAUUUUGAUUUGCAAAUAUAUGUUUUCAUACAAAUGAGCAUCCUGGACGGCAACAAAACUUGACAGCUGUGGAACGCCAUUGAUGACCGAGUCAUAGCGAACGUCAACCUUUCAAUUCGUCAAUACAACCAGCCAAGGACUUGAUGUUAAUGCCCCAAACUUAAUCUCAAUCGCUAGGCGUCGCUGUUUCUCUCUGGGCGGGGCAUACAACAAGCAACUUCAGUCGAUCCAAGUCUCAUUUAACCCAUCAUUUCAAGUUUGAAAACACUCCGGUUACCAACGGGAACCUGAACCUGAGCCUCGCCGUUCGCAUCUGGCUUGAUGGCACUCGGUACCUCCUUCUCCGCACCACCUUCCUCAAUCGACAGCAAGCGAUACGCCUUUCCAGAUUUGAGGUCCUUGAAGCCAAUGCUGCAGUCCAAGCCUCGCUCGGAGCUCCUCAAUACGAAGUGCAAGCCAUCCUUCCCAACCGCGUGGCAUUUGGCGACCAUGACCUUUGGGAACGGAACUCUGU